AUGACCAAAGUAGCCACAAUUCUAAUGGCCCUCCUGGGCACUGCAUUCGCUCAGAUCGACAGAACCUGUAUCGACAUCGCCUUCAACUCCGAAACAAACACACUAUCGGGCAAAUGCCAGCCUCGCGAUAACUCAGGCUACAUCCCGUCUGAGCUGGACCUCAACGACUGUUUCGGCUACGACGGCACCACCAUUACACACACAAAACAAAAACCAACCAACACAACAGAAACCUACACCAUGUCUUCUGAUAAAAUUCCUAAUCAAAAUCCCGAGUCACUAUCUCCUGAUACGGAGACCGCUCAAAAAUCUCAACCACUUACACUGGACCUUCUCCCCACUGAAGUCCUUCUCCAAAUUACAGGUGAGCCUGAAAAAGACCAAGACACCAUCUCGGCUGAGGAGUUCAAGGGUUUAUGCUUGCUCAGCCCUCCUCUCAGCCAGAUAUACCUCCGCCCUUACUAUCUUGGGGAUAACUGCGGCGCGUUCCGCCAGGCAAUUAGAAGCGCUAAUGUCAAGGCGAUGGACCGAUGCGCCCAGUUUGGAGCUGUACGUGAUACGACAUGGGAACUGCCUGAAUCCGACGGUUGCCAGUGCAUCUCUGAGCGCCGACAUACCCACCACAGACCUAUCGAUGAGCUACUGGAGAGCGUGUACUUGGGCAACGUCCCCAUUGAAAAUGGAAUCAAUGCUUUGAAGUGGCUCUUGGAAAGGAGAUUUGACAUGAAGGAGCAGAAAGACCAGGCGUGGUACGAGGCAAACACGCAUUGCGAUCAUUUCCCCGACUUUCUGAUUACUAUGCUGAGCAAAAGCCCUGAUCGUGUCUACACAGAAGGCAUAUGCCAGAUGAUCAAAUUGAUACAGAGCAAUGGCUACUCACUUCCUUUCGCCAUGAAUUUGGAUACUUAUUGGCACUUGGAUGAAAUGGAAAGACUUUCCCCCGGCCUCGUCAGGAAACCAUUGGAUGAGGCCUUACGGUCUCACUGCCCGCCCUAUUUUAUUGAGGUCAUCAUGCAAGACUAUAUUCGCCGCCGCGUCGACUUUUCGUCUACUCAUGUCGUGACCCCUGUUUCCAUGAAAUCAUGGGCGGGAAAGCACAAGUUCUUCUACGAAUACACAUCGAACAGCCUAGUUUCCACGCCGAACGGCCUAGUCUUUACCCAAGACCAGCAGUGGUGGAAGUUCACAAAUCUAUUAGAAACAACAUGGGGUAUUUUUCUAGACCUUGUGGACCCUUCGACGAACUGGGUGGAACAGUAUCGUGGCGAGGCUUCAGAUAUCUUGGAGGAGAAGAUCAAAAUCCUUGCCAAGUAUGGGAUUCUCGACGAUAUUGAGGAGAAGAUGCUAAGAAGCAUUGUGGAAGCCUUGCGAUCCAUGACAACUCCAACAAAGACCAGUAGCAUAACCGGAAUCACCGGUUGGGACGCUCAGUGCUGCUGGGACACACUUGUCAAGGCACUCCGACCUUUCACGAUUGACUGGGAAGUGUAUACACUUGACAUGUGGGCCUCAGAAGAGGAAGAUAUUCACAGCUGGGGUGAUGCCCAUCGAUAUCACCGUUUCAUCAUUGAUCGUGACUGGAACCCGUAUGAAAUGUACCAUGACUAUCAGUUGCGAAACCAUCACAUCAGACCGAUGCUCGACCGUCCCUGGGGAAACAAGGGGGUUGCGAAGGGAGAUGAUGGGUGGUGGACGGAUCGCGAGUGGACCCGCGUGGUUCGCCGCGAAGAUCGCAUACCGCCUUGUGAGGUAAAGGGAGAAGAUGAGGAUGGGGAUCAUCCCUUGUUAGUUUGCGACGACUGGAGGUUGCCAGCAUGGAUCCAUGGCCAGAGCUAUUGGGAGAUUGAAAAGGCUGUCAGCGAGCGCUGGACCGAUCUUUAUGUCACCAGGGGCAUUGUCCCUAGAUUCCCUUAG